GGAGGGCCUCGGGAGGGAGCCGCGGAGGUGCGGGUCGGGGGAGGCCGGGCUCGCCGUACCCUGCGCCUGAGCAGCUGCAGCGGCGGAGGCAGCAUCCAGCGGCGGUGCCAGCAGUUCCAGCCCGUUGCUUUACUUUGGGCUGCACCCACAGAGCCAUUAUGCCGAAGCGAAAGUCUCCAGAGAACACAGAGGGCAAAGAUGGAUCCAAAGUCACUAAACAGGAGCCCACCAGACGAUCUGCCCGAUUGUCGGCGAAACCUGCUCCGCCCAAACCUGAGCCAAAACCAAGGAAAACAUCUGCUAAGAAAGAACCUGGAGCAAAGAUGAACAGAGGCGCUAAAGGGAAGAAGGAGGAGAAGCAGGAAGCUGGAAAGGAAGGUACUGCACCAUCUGCAAAUGGUGACACGAGAGCUGAAGAGAUCCACAUCUCUCGCUCAACUGUUAAUGUCUCAACCUCCAGAAGUACCCCACCCAGCACACUGUCAGUAAAGGGGCAGAUUGAAACAGUGAGAGUUAAGGGCACAGAAAACUGAAUCUGUAGCUAACGAGGGACAAUGAAUGGUCAUGAAAAAUUGGGGUUGAUUUUGUGUAUCUCUUGGGACAACUUUUAAAAGCUAUUUUUACCAAGUAUUUUGUAAAUGCUAAUUUUUUUAGGACUCUACUAGUUGUCAUACAAAAAUAUAUAAGGGUGGACAUUUUACCCUCUCAUAGUCAUGCUUUUUGGAAGUUUCCAUAAUCCUCAAGUAAAAUAAAUAUCAAUUUAAUAUUGGAAGCUGUGUGUAAAAUUGAUUUAGUAUUCCAUGCACUUGCUUUAAAAUUUUAGUCCUGUGCAUACUGUGGUGUUUUUACUGUGCGUAUUUGAAUUUUUCUAGAGCAAUAAUCAGUGGUGCUUUUGUACCUAGGUUUUAUGUGAUUUUAAUGAAACAUGGAUAGUUGUGGCCACCUGCUGACUACUUGUGGUUUAAAAUAAAAGGUUUUCUUGUCUGCAAAAUAUCUGUCUGUUGGUAUCUUUACUAUGUUUAGGAACUGUUUCAUUUUACUCUUGCAAGUGAUAUAGAGAAUUGCUGUAGUCUGGGCCUUGGUGGUAUCCCUAAUAUAUCAAACUGCAUUUCUUAAUUUUCUGGCCUUUAACAUUGUUAUUAUUUUAAUAAAGUCAUUUAGGACUGCUAGUGUGAAGAAUUCCAUCUGUUUCACUUUAUACCUGAAGUGGCCAGCAAUGAUUACCAUAUAAAACAUUUGAUUUGUUUUUAAGUCCUUAAAAACCAAGAUAGAGUUCUGCUACCCCAGAGCAAGUAAAAAAAAACCAUCAGCUUGGGCUCACCUUUGAAAAUCUCCCCCUUUCAAAUUAAGACUCAGUCACGUUUGUGCUCAAAUGCUUUCUUGAUCAUCAGGAAUUUCACAGCCCAGAAAGUUCUUUCUCCAACAUGACCACACUCAGCCUUGCAGCAACCUGAAAAGGGCUUGGCAUAGGUAUCAUUAGAGCUCCUCUGUAGGCUAGGAAAGAGGGGCUACUAGAGGAUGUGACUAAUUGGAAGGAGAAAAUCCAGCCACCAAUUGUUUGUGUUUUAAACAAUGUCCUUCUGGCUGGUGCCGCGGCUCACUAGGCUAAUCCUCCGCCUGCAGCACCGGCACACCGGGUUCUAGUCCCAGUUGGGGCGCCGGAUUCUGUCCCGGUUGCCCCUCUUCCAGGCCAGCUCUCUGCUGUGGCCAGGGAGUGCGGUGGAGGAUGGCCCAAGUGCUUGGGCCCUGCACCCCAUGGGAGACCAGGAGCGGCACCUGGCUCCUGCCAUCUGAUCAGCGCGGUGUGCCAGCCGCAGCGCGCCGACCGCAGCAGCCAUUGGAGGGUGAACCAACAGAAAAGGAAGACCUUUCUCUCUCUCUCUCUCUCACUGUCCACUCUGCCUGUCAAAACAAAAAAACAAAACAAAACAAAAAACCACAAUGUCCUUCUGUCUAUGAAAGUAGAUAGCAAUGCCAGACACAGAGGAGCUAUUUAUAAAUGUAAUUUGUUAUUGUUUGAGUCUCUGAGAAAUUGGAUAAGUGUGUGAGCACCCAGGAGAGCUGAAUUCUAGGGAUUCUGCUCAGAAGAAGUCUCGAACAUUUUAAGAUGAAGAGAGAUGCCUGUACCCAGGAACUCCUACAAAAGUUAGUUGUCCCUCGGGGCGGUAAAUGCUUUCAGAUGGUAGUUAUCAAUUAAUUAUAAAAACAACGUCCCUUCUCCAGCUCACAUUUUGGGGCUGAAAUUUGUCUCAUUGUCCCAGCUCUGUUAGUCAUCAACUGCAGAUACCAGCCACAUCCAUUCUGUACAGAAUAAUCACAUUCAUAGUUUCCUUGGCUUCUGAUUUAAAAAAAAAAAAAAAAGAUGGGCAUGGUUCAUGAAUUUUGGAUAUGCUGAAAAUCACUUUCACCUCAAAAAUUCCCAGUAUCUACUGAACACUUGACAAAAAUAUUUCAACAUGCUAUUAGAACAAAACUGAAGUACAUUAUUGGCUGCUUUCCCAUUCAGAAGUGGACUAUAAACUUCAUAGAUCUACUCUUCAAGAAGUUACAGGGGUGGGCAUUUAUUUAACCUAGUGAUUAAGAUGCUGGUUGGGAUAUCCAUGUUCCAUAUCAGACGCCAGUGUUCAGUAUCCAGGUCUGGCUCCUGACUCCAACUUCUUGCUAGUGCAGACUGUGGUAGGCAGCGCUAAUGGCUCCAACAGUUGGGUUUUUACCACCUACACGGAAAACCUAGAUUGAAUUCUAGGUUCCAGGCUCCUGGCUUUAGCCUUGGCUCAGCCCUAGCCAUUAUAGACUUUUGGAUUGUGGAUUACAGAUGGGAUCUUUUUUUUCUCUCUCUCUCCCUCUCUCAAAUAAAUACAAGUUUAAAAUAAAUAACCUUUUUAAGACGUAUUUAGUUAUUUGAAGGGCACAGCAACAGAGAGCACAGGUAGGGACUGAAAGAAAGACUCUUCGAUCCACUGGUUCAUUCACCAAAUAGCUGCAAACAGCCAGGUCUGGGCCAGGCUGAAGCCAAAACCUAGGAACCCCAUCCUAGUAUCUCACAAGGGUGGUCGAGACUCAAGCACUUGGGCCAUCUUCUACCGCCUUCCCACGUGCAUUAGCAGGAAGCUAGACUGCAAGUGGAGCAACUGGGACUAUAACCAGGACUCUGGUAUGGGAUGUCAGUGUCACAAGCAGUGGCUUAGCCCACUGUACCAAAACACUGGCCCUAAAAUAAAUUAAUUAAAAUUACAAAGACCAUAUGGGUGACUUAGAAAAAAAUAGGAGAGGUCUUUUCAAGUUCAUAGGAAAUGCACAUUAUCUUUUAAUUCUGCUUUCCACAACUUUCUGUUAUUUUAAUUUUUAAUUCAUUUUUAACAGAUUCAAUGUGAAUUUUAGAUAGAAUUCUGAGAACAUAAUGAUAUUCAUUUCCACCGUCCCUCCAUUCCUCCCUCUCUCCCUCCCACUCCCCUUCCUUCUCCCUUUCUUUCUCUUUAGCUUUUGAGAUAACAUAUUUUAAAUUUAUAGUAUAGUAAAAAGGUUUACCAAAUAAGUUUAACAAGUAGAAAGCAAAAAGACCCUAGUUUAGUAGGAAUAUAGACAAUAGCUAUAACCAAUAAUUGAAUGAAAAAAAAAGACCAUUUUACCCAUAUACAUAAAUCUUAAAGUAUUAUCAUAGUUCAUUGAAAACUGUAGUAGUAUAACAUUCAUUUAAAAAAAAAGAGAGAGAGAUCUAUUUGUUUAUUUGAAAAGCAGAGUUAGAGAGAGAGGGAGAGACACACAGAGAGUGACAGAAAUCUUCCAUCCACUGGUUCACUCAAGUGGCCACAAGGGCCAGGGGCCCAAAUAUUUGGCUCAUCCUCCGCUGCUUUCCCAGGCACAUUAACAAGGAGCUGGAUGGCAAGUGGAGCAGCUGGAACUCAAAAUGGCACCCAUAUGGGAUGCCGGUGUUGCAGGCUAUGGCUCUACCCUCUGCCACAAUGCCAGCCCCAUGCUAAUACAACAUUCUUAACCAUUGGUUUGAAAAAGAUAUAAAACCAAGUUUUACAAAGCUAUAUUUGCAGCAAUUCUGAUACACAAAGACAUUUCUUUUUCUUUUUUGUUUGCUUUUUAAAUUUAACUCCCACUAUAUAAGGGAGAACAUGUGGUAUUUCUCUUUCUGGGUGCAGCUUAUUUUGCUCAACAUGAUGUCCUUCAGUUGGGUCCAUUUUGCUGCAAAUGGUAGAAUUUCAUUCUUUAGUCUAUUGUGUGUAUGUAUAUAUGUAUAUGUACAUAUAUAUAUACAAUUUUAUCCAUUCAUCUGAUGAUGGACACCUUGGUUGAUUCCAAAUUUUGGCUGUUGUGAACAAUGCUGCUCUACAAUGGUGGUGUAGGUAUCUCCUUGAUUCAUUAUGUUCAAGCCUUUUGGUUACAUACCUCUUAGGGGAAUUGCUGGGUCAUGUGGCAAAUCUUUCUAGGUUUUUAAGAAAUCUCCACACUGUUUUCCACAGUGGCUACACUAAUUUACAUUAACACCAAUGCUGUGUAAGUGUUCCCGUUUGUCUACAUCCUUGUCAACAUUUGUUACUCUCUGUCUUUUGGGUUUUGCCAUUCUGACAGGGAUGAGGUGAUAUCUCAUGUGGUUUUCAUUUGCAUUUCCCUGGUGGCUAGUGAUGUUGAAAAUUAUGUCAUGUAUUUUUGGUCAUUUGUAUUUCUUGUUUUGAAAAUUAUCUAUUGAAGUCCUUUGCCCAUUUCUCAAUUGGAUUGGUUGUAUUUCUCUUGUUGAGUUUUUUAAGUUGCUGAUAUAUUUGGAAUAUUAGUCCUUUGUCAGGUGGUUUGCAAAUAUUUUUCCCAUUAUGUCUCCUCGCUCUAUUGAUCACUUCCUUUGCUAUGCAAAAAUUUCUGAGUUUGAGAUAGUCCCCAUUUGUUUUUCGCUUUUAUUGCCUCUUGGGGAUCUUGUCCAAGAAGUUGUCCCCUACACCAAAUGUCUUGGAGUGUAUCUUCUAUGUUUUCUUUCAGCAACUUCAUAGUUUCAGGUUUUAAAUUUAGGUCUUUGAUCCAUCGUGAGAAGAUUUUUGUAUGAUAAGAGAUAUGGAUCUAAUUUCAUUCUUCUACAUAUAUGCAUCCAGUUUCGCCAGUACCAUUUGUUGAAGAGAUUAUUCUUACUCCACCUUAAGGUCUGAGCACUUCUAUCAAAAAAUAUGUAUGAGGAUUAAUUUCUGGGCUUUGUAGUCUGUUUCAUUGAUCUGUGUAUUUAUUUUUAAUGCAGUACCAUGUUGUUUUAAUUACUAUAGCUUUGUAGUGUGCUAUGAACUCAGGUAUUGUGAUGUCUCCAGCUUAAUUUUUCUUGUUCAGAAUGGCUUUGGAUAUUCUAGGUCUUUUGUGAUUCCAUAAGAAUUUUAAGAUUGCUUUUCUAGGUCUGUAAAGAAUGUCUUUACAAGGAUGCUCACUCUUACCAUUGCUAUUCAAUAUAGUCCUGGAAGUUUUAGCCACAGCCCGUAG